CCAAUCAAAUCUCUGUUUACUGCUAGCCGCGAGCUGCAAAUGUGUUGUGUUCAUCUUUUCGUGUUGUUGUAGCUCAACGAAUGUAGAAGCAACAGCGAAGGCAACAUGAGCACGGAGCGGUGUGUCGAAACCAGGUGUGGUGUAAAUGGUUGUGGUGUAAGUAGUUCAAAUCAUUUACCACCGGAGAAAAGCGACACGACGAACGAAACACUGAAGAGAACUCCAUUUACCAAAUUUAAGAAGGUUCACUCACACUUCAAAUCACCAGUUCAGGUCACCGAAACUGCUAAAGUUGGCCCUGAGGAAGAGGUGGCAGAGCUUCAACUAAAAAAAGAACAACUGGAUUUAGAGAUUGCACAGCUGGAAGCAGAAGGCUAUAGAGUUGAAGAGCUAGAGCACCACAUUGAUAAACUGCAUGAAUACAACGACAUCAAAGACAUUGGACAGUCACUCCUAGGUCGUAUUGCUGCUCUGAGGGGGACCACCACACGAGAUCUCUACUCACACUUUGGUCUUGAACUGGAUGACUGAACAACAGCAAAAAAAAAAAAAAAAAAAAAAAAAAAAGUUCAAUGCUGUGAAUUAUGUUAAACCUAUGAGAGAGGUAUACCGGAAUGUGGACUGAGUGGCUGUCUCUUUAGAAAAGAUGUUUGACCUUUUUUCCAAACAUUUUAAGUUCAAUAGCUUCUCACAGAGAUUGUUUGGAGGCAGAGAUAACAGGAAAAGAACAAGCUUAUUCCAGUAUGCAGACGUGCUUUUGAAACAUUCUUUAGCUCAUUGCAAGGGACAUAAAAGUAGGCUGAAGAAAAAGACAAAUCAUUUAAGUCUGGGUUGUGCAGAAAUGUAAAUGAUCUAGUUGUGUAACUUUGAAAGAAUGUUUGGAUAGUAUUUGGGAUUGCACAAGUAAUUUAAGGUGUGUAAAACAACUCUGACUCAUUGAUUUAUUAAAAAAAACUUGUUAAAAAAUAA